GCUCGUCUCGUGUGCACGCUCCUCCGCGAGCUCGCCGCUAACACAAUUCAUCCAGAUAAUUACUGAAAGUAUCUUCCUACCGGAACAAUCGUCUUCCGGUCGCACGCGCGUCGACAAGUUCGCCAGUCGAGCAUUUUGUUUGGAUACCGAGUUCAGACUUCGUACCUCUGUCGAACGACACGAGAAAGUCGCGAGACUUGACUUUCGGUUCCCGUUGCGGGCAAAGAUGAUCGAGGAUCAGGACAACGUCCGCGGUAUAACGUACUCCCCCGGAACACGCGUCGCCAACGAAUCUUGAAUUUAUCCGUAGAACCUGCGAAGAACCCGACAAAGAAUGGCGCUCGUCGUUAUCGUGAAGAACUUUCAAGGACUCAAGUAUAAAGGGGAGAAGGUUGUCAAGGUAGAUUUCCGGGGGGUUUCCCACUAUUCGAAAUGUCUCGAGGAAAGUCCAGAUCAUAUCGCGGUGAACGAAAUGUUCACUUGGAAUUUGGGCAGACCAGUCGACGAAGCGGAAAUAUUGCAAUUGACGGUGGUGUCGCGCGGAGUUCUAAGGAAUGAAAAGGUGAUCGCGAAAUAUGGAUUGGUCCUGCAGAUGGUGGUAAGAGAAGGUCGAAUCGUCGUCACGGAUUCUUUGGUAGACCUCAACAAUAAACCGCUUCCGGCUGUCGUCUGCUUCGAAAUUCGAUACAACCCUCCCGACGGAAGUUGCAGCUCGUACGCUGCGUCGGAAAUAAUGGAAGACGAGCAACAGAUGCUGAUCGACAUCGAGCAGAAUAUCGCGAACCUCGAGAGGAGCCUCGAGCAAGCGAACACCAGCUCAGCCACUGGCAAACGUCGGGGUUCUUGGCAGAGCCCUGAAAAAACUUCCAAGAGAGGGUUUUUGCAACGGGGUAGUUCCAUGUCGACGGCCGAGAAGUCACCCGAACGUAAAAGCAGGAGUUCCACGUUGAAAAGUAUGAGGUCCUUUAUGAAGCUGGGCAAGCAAAGACCACCCAGAGCUCGAUCAUGCGAUAGCGGCUCGGAUACCAGGGAGUUACUCGAAAGACGUGACGCGAGUUGUGCUACUUCCAACGAACCUUCGAGGACGAACUCGAUGACAUCUUUGGAGACGAACGAGUCUGAUUACGAUACCCAAGCUAGCGUGAAUGCUGCGGAAUCGCAAGACGCGAUCCUCAAGCCAGCGAAAAAACCAAAACCAAAGACCACGGACACAGGCCAAACCGCGUUAAAGGCGCAAGAUUACCAAGUUUGCGUUACCAUCAUAGAAGCUAGGCAGUUAGCAGGAUUGAAUAUGGACCCAGUGGUUUGCGUACAAGUUGGGGAUCAACGCAAAUACACCAGCGUCAAGGAGUCCACUAAUUGCCCCUAUUACAACGAAUACUUUGUCUUCGACUUUCACAUGCCUCCUGUGAUGCUUUUCGACAAAAUAAUCACACUCUCGGUGCAGCAAUCGCGGAAUCUCUUACGCGCUAAUCUAACGCUGGGCAGCUUUAAGUUAGACAUCGCGACAGUAUGGGCACAACCAGAUCAUCAGUUUUACCAUAAAUGGGCGCUGCUGACGGACCCGGACGACGUGGCUGGAGGUCCAAAGGGCUAUUUAAAGUGCGACAUAAGCGUGAUCGGAAAAGGCGACACCGUGAAGAUACCGCCGAAGAGCGAAAAAGACGAAGACGACAUCGAGGGUAAUCUGUUGCUUCCGGAUGGCGUGCCAAUCGAGAGACAAAGGGCAAAGUUUAUCGUUAAAGUGUAUAGAGCCGACGGUUUACCCAAGAUGAACAGCAGCAUCAUGGCGAACGUGAAGAAGGCCUUCACCGGCGAAGUCAAGGAUCUCGUCGAUCCUUACGUUCAAGUGUCCUUCGCUGGAUUAACCGGUAAGACGAGCGUUAAGAGGCACAGUUACGCGCCGGUUUGGAACGAACAGAUCGUUUUCACGGAAAUGUUUCCACCCCUCUGUCAAAGGAUUAAAAUUCAGCUAUGCGACAACGACCCUGUUCACGCCACCGUGAUCGGCACGCAUUUCGUCGAUCUGAAACAAAUCAGCAACGACGGCGAAAGGGGAUUUCUGCCCACGUUUGGCCCUGCGUUCGUUCACUUCUACGGAAGCAUAAGGGAUUACAGCCUCAUAGACGAACAUUCGACGCUGAACGCGGGACUGGGAGAAGGGAUCUCUUACAGAGCAAGAUUAUUGAUAGCAAUUAGGACGGAAAUAAGCGAUAACGUCGAGAUGGCUCCGUCGGAGGUCGAAGUCGAACCUGCCAUGCUCGUCAACGAAACCGCUUACGCGAGGAACGAAGAGUUUUUCCUUUUCGCUACGAUUAUGGACGCCACGAUGAUCGAUAAAAAACUCGGCGAUAAACCGAUGUACUUCGAAAUAUCGAUAGGAAACGCGGGGAACGCUUUGGACGGCCACAACGAAAGCUCCAAAAUGUGCGAAAUGGGGCCGAAGAGCGGAACGAGCGGAGAACAAGAAGAGUUGUUGGAAGUUUUGAGCGGAUCCUGGCAGAGCACCACACCACCGAGUAAACCAAUGACACACGACAAGAUUUAUUAUUUCUUACCGUAUUGGGACGACAAGCCGUGCCUGCACGUUCGAAGUAUUUGGCCGGAUUACAGGCGCAGGAUGUACAACAGCAAUAUUAUUAGCAAAAUCGCCGACAAACUGGAAGAAGGGUUGACGGAAGCUCAAUUGCACGCGGAUGACUCUUCGGGCGACAAAAUCCUAAAAUCCACGCUCGAGGAAUUGAGCGGCAACUGUAAUCGAUACGUUAGCAUCAGCAAGUCGAGUCUUACCGGGCCGGGGGUUGGAAAAACAAAGCUCGAUAAAGAGAGAACGAAAAUGUGUCAAAGGGAAUUGGAAAAUGUUGGAAUUAUGGCGAGAAAUCUUAAAGCAGUGGUCACGAAGAGCAGCUUCAAAGAGAGAUUGAAGACGGCUCAGGGUUACCUGCAAAAAUUGAAAUUUCUCGUCGAAGAUCCUCAAGAUUCUUUGCCAGAUGUUUUUAUUUGGGUAAUUAGCGCUGGACGACGGGUGGCUUAUCAAAGAAUAUCAGGAAGAGAUUUAAUUUAUUCGAUCGUUGACGAGGAAUGCGGCAGAUAUUGCGGCAAAGUGCAAACAAUGUUUCUCAAACUUCCAGGAAAGAAAAAGUUCGGACCGUCCGGUUGGGCAAUACAGACAAAAUUGCAAAUUUAUACGUGGUUGGGGAUCUUGAAGCACAAGAAGUACUUUAUCCAAGGCUUAUCGAAAGGAUAUGAACUAGGCCACGAAUUGAAGAAUGUCGAUAGGCCACGCUCUUUACCACCGACUAUCAUUCAUUAUGUCGACAAACACAAAUUCCAACUGAGAGCGCACAUGUAUCAAGCCCGAUCUUUGAUCGGUAGCGAUGCGUCCGGUCUUUCGGAUCCAUUCGCGAGAGUAAUCUGUGGUGAGUUUUGCAAAUCCACGCAAGUGAUCGACGAAACUCUGAGUCCCACGUGGGACGAGCUGCUCCUUUUCGACGAAAUUUUGAUCCACGGCACCGGCGAAGAAAUCAAGAAAGAUCCACCGUCGAUCGUCGUCGAAAUCUUCGACCAAGAUAAAGUGAGUCAUUUUGUAACUACGGACAUAACAUUGCAUGAGGGCUCUGCUUUAACAGGCAAAUCGGAGUACAUAGGGCGAGCGGUUGCGCGACCUCACGUAAAACUCGCCUCAGAAUCUUACACGCCACCGGAAUUUCCUCCAUCUUUGGAAUGGUACGACGUGUUCAGAGGUGCUGCGAGGGCAGGCGAGCUUCUUGCAGUUUUCGAAUUGAUGGAGUAUCCGUCGACCAGAGACUACGGUUUUCCAACGUUACCCGAUCCAAAGGAAAGAACGGUUCAAACCCAUGCCGUUGCUCAGGACCAAGGACCUAUUCUUCCGGUACCCAUCGGCAUUCGACCGACUCUCUCCAAAUAUCGAAUCGAGGUUUUGUUUUGGGGCUUAAGAGAUCUGAAAAGGAUACAUUUGCUCACCGUGGACAAGCCACGCGUGGACGUUGAAUGCGCUGGCCAUAUCCUCUAUUCUUCGGUAAUACCCAACGCAAAAAAGAAUCCAAAUUUCAACACGCCGAUCAAGUUUUUGGAGCUGGAGCUACCGGAACAGGAACUUUAUCGGCCACCCUUAACGAUCAGAGCAGUGGAUUGUAGAAGCUUCGGGCGAUACACUCUCGUUGGCACGCACACGAUCAAUUCGAUACACAAAUACAUUUAUUGCCCGCAAACCAAAAGAGCGAAGGAUGCUGAAGACCGGAAAAAAAAUCUGUAUCAAUUGCAACAAUGUACGGGUUUCGAUGCGUCCAAGACGAAAUAUCCGCAGACAUCUUUGCCGGAGUCUAUGGCCGAUCUCGAAUUCAGUUGCGGGGAUACGAUCAUUACGUUAGGUUUGGAGCCAGGUUGGCCAACGAAAAAGGACAAAACGGAGCAAAAUAUACGAAAGAAGCAAAGCUUAAUUUACGACGGGAGUGCAGGGGAUUUUGGUGCUUUCGAGGACGAGGACGGCUGCCAGGAUUGGUGGACGAAAUACUUUGCCUCCGUCGAAGCGAUGAUAGAAGAAAACAAAGAACUUCGUAAAGAGAAAUCAAUUUUUCAAAUGCAAUCGAACGGCAAUGCCCCGAUGUUGUUGGAUGAGACUUACAAUCAAACUCAAGGAAACGUUUCCGGGGAGAAGAGUCCCGGCGUGACGGCGAAGAAACUAUUCGGUCUGAAAUCGACCGCCAACGCGGCCAGAUUCGUUUCGAAGCUCAGCCCCAGACAAAGUUACCGAAAUUUCUCGAAAACGGCGUUGCUGAAAGUCUAUCCGAACGAGUUAGAAGCUCAGCCGGAAUUCGAAUACUUUAAGGAAUGGCUACACACGUUCGAGUUGUAUCGCGGCAAGAAAACGGGCGACGAACCCGAGGAUGAGUCUAGAAUCGUAGGAAGUUUCAAAGGCGCUCUGAAAGUGUACAAAUGGCCCCUGCCUAAAGACCUCAUAGAUCACACGGUGAUGGGUUUCGACCCGCAAUAUGGCUUCUUCCAAGGCGUACCAUCGAACGAACCGAUUCACGUACUGGUCCGGGUUUACAUCGUCAAAGCGAACGAUCUUCAUCCCUGCGAUCUGAACGGCAAAGCGGACCCGUACGUAGUCCUGCAAUUAGGCGGCAAGAGGAUCAGCGACAAGGAGAAUUACGUGUCAAAGCAACUCAAUCCCAUCUUUGGCAAGUGUUUCGAAAUAGAAGCAACCUUCCCACAGGAUUCGCUGCUGACCAUUCAGGUGCUGGACUGGGACUUGGUAGGCGCGGACGACAUGAUCGGCGAAACGAAGAUCGAUUUGGAGAAUCGGUUCUACAGCAGACAUCGUGCCACUUGCGGUCUAGCUAAAAGAUACGACGAAUCCGGCUACAAUAAGUGGAGGGACGCGAUGAAGCCGAGUCAGAUUUUGUCGAAAAUUUGCAAAGAAGGAAAAGUCGAUGGCCCGGUAUAUUCGCACGGGCGAGUGACAAUCGGUAGGAAGACAUUUUCCCUGUCGAACGAAGAAAUGGAAUAUUAUAUUCACUCCAAAGGCAUAGAGGAACACCUUGCGUUGGCAGUUCUUCAUCAAUGGCAAGCUUUUCCGAGAAUUGGUUGCGCCUUGGUUCCCGAGCACGUGGAAACGCGUCCCCUCUAUAAUCCUGAGAAGCCAGGGAUAGAACAAGGAAAGCUAGAGUUGUGGGUCGAUAUGUUUCCCAUGGAUAUGCCUUCGCCCGGACCAUCGAUCGACAUUUCGCCAAGAAAGCCGAAAAGUUACGAGCUCAGGAUCAUUAUUUGGAACACGGACGACGUUGUAUUGGAAGACGAUGCUUUCUUCACCGGCGAGAAAAUGAGCGACAUUUACGUUAAAGGAUGGUUGAAGGGACCAGAAGAUUGCCAAUCUACGGACAUUCACUAUCGGUCUCUAACGGGAGAGGGGAAUUUUAAUUGGCGUUUUAUAUUUCCGUUUGAUUAUCUCGUGGCGGAGGAGAAGAUUGUCAUAAAUCGAAAGGAGAGUCUCUUCAGCUGGGAUGAAACCGAAUGCAAGAUUCCGGCUCGUUUGGAAUUACAAGUAUGGGACGCGGAUCACUUUUCGGCCGACGAUUUCCUAGGCGCCAUUACUCUCGACUUGAAUCGGUUCCCUCGUGGUGCAAAAAAUAGCAAGCUCUGUACGUUAAGCAUGUUAAAGACCGACGGAUCAGUGCCGAUGGUAAAUAUUUUCAAACAAAAACGAAUAAAAGGUUGGUGGCCUUUCUAUGUAAAGAAGGAGAACGAAGACAUGGAAUUAACGGGUAAAGUGGAGGCCGAGAUUCAUUUGUUAGCCAAAGACGAGGCUGAGAAAAAUCCUGCUGGAUUCGGUAGAAACGAACCAGAUCCGCUUGAUAAACCAAACCGGCCCGAUGCAUCAUUCAUGUGGUUUUUAAAUCCUUUGAAAUCCAUUAAAUACAUCGUAUGGCACAACUACAAAUGGGCCAUUUUAAAAGCUUUUGUAACCAUCGGAAUAGUAAUACUCUUAUUAUUAUUCUUUUACGCUAUACCUGGUUAUUCCGUCAAAAAAUUGUUAGGAGCAUAG